AUGUGGGAUUAAUCAUUUAAGUUAGUUCCUGACUAAAAUAUAGCAUAGGUGUUUGACCAAGCCGUACAUUCUUAAUUUAUAUUUAGCUCAAUGCAAAUGAUGAUUAUUUGAGGUUAUUAAAAAUAACAGAAGGCAUAAAAUAUGUAACUUAAAAAUUACCUUAAGCGACAACAUUUUCAAGUCCAAAACUAUUGUUUUAAUGUAUACUCAAUUUCAAUAAUUUUAUAGUAAUGUGUUUAUAUCCCUUUUAAAAAUCAAAUAUAGAAUAAUUGAUUUCAGCAUUUUUUGAUUAUUUCCAGGAUUUUCGUUUUAUUAGUAGCUUUUUUGAAGCUGCAACAGAUAUUUCUCUUCUUCAAGAAACUAGUACUUAAAGUUUAAAGUAAAGAAUUACUAUGCUAUAACGGUUUAAUAAGUAUUAAUUAAUAAAAUGAUGCAAAGCAAACCUAAAGAUAACCAUGAUGGAUAGUAAUUUAGCUAAGCAGUUAAUUAGGAAAUAGUUACAAUAAAAUUAUUCACAGUAAAUUACUUAAAGAAGUUUUUUGAAUUAGCAAAUAAUUUAUAAUUAGACUUUUAACUUUAUAGUUUGAUGUUUAAACAUUAUAUUUAAAAUUCAACAAAUCAAAAAUUAAUAGAAAAAGUUAUGGAUAGUUUUUAAGAUUUAAGAUUUACAAUAUUUGCUAAUUGCGAUUGGGUUAAUUAAUUUAGCGAAGAAAUUAUUAUAUGUAUUAAAUAAUUUCUAUAUUUAGUUUUUAAAAAUACUCCAAAAUUAUUUCCAUCAUACACUAAAUAUAAAAUAGUUGUAUUUGAAGAAGAUUCUGAUACAGAGAUUGUUAGUUAAACUUAAAUUACAGUAACUUAACAAUAAAAUAAAAGAAGGUCUUAUAUUUCAUCUGAAUAAGACCCUAGUUUAUAUUUAUAAAAUUUAUGUUGUAAAUAAGAUCCAGAUCAACCACUCCAACAUAAUUCAGUUUUUGAAGAAUUUGAAAAUAUCGACAUAUUAAUAUAAUUUAUCUUAGAUCCUAUGUAAAUUUCAAUAGCUAAUCUUUGGGUAUAUUAUCCUAACUAAAAUUAGGUUGAAAAUUUUCCAAAAUUACCUGAUAUAUUGGAUACUGAUAAAAGUUUGUUUAAAUAAAAAUCUACUUAUAAUUUAAGUAAAUAUCAAGUUUAUAGAUCCUAUAAAGCUUUAUAAAUACUUACAAAUACUGAAAAUUUUAAAAAUUUAUUAGGAUAAUAUGCAUAAAUUUUUUCAAAAAUAUGUAAAUAUAAAUAUUUAAAAUAGUUGUUUUUAUUAAUAUCAAUUUAUAUGAUGAAUCAAAAAAUUUAAAUUUACAUCAUCUUGCGAUAUUUAUAAAAUUUUUAAUUAAUUUAUAACCUAAGUUUUGUAUAAAAUAACUUAUAGAAUAAAAAAUAUUUCAAAAAUUGUUAGAAUUAUCUUAUAAUUCUUCGAUUAAUUAACUAUUAAUAGAAAUAAUUAAUUUUAAUGAAGACAUAAUAAAAUUAGGAAUUUAUUAUUUAGAAUAGUUAUGGUCUUAUUUACAUUUAAUUAAUUUUUUGUAAUAACUUUCUAAUUAUUCAUUUGAUAAAUAACUAGUUGCAGAUUAUCCACCUCCUGAUUAAGCAGUAAUAUUAAUUACUAUGAAAGGCUUACAAUGACAUAUUUUAAAUAAUUAAAGCAUUAUCAUUACUAGAUCCAUAGAGACUAUAAAAAAAAUUGUUAAAAUAAGAUACUCAAGAAAUAUAAGAAAUUAAAGCCCUUGAACUUAGAAAUGAUUAUGACAAUUUAGAAGGGUUUGAUAAUGAGAAAAAAGAGAAGUUGAAAAAAGUGGAAGAGGAUUUACUAAGAAGAUAAUCAUCUAUAUCAUUAAAUUAAAAUAAUAGCAAAAUACCAUAAAUAUAAAAAAGAAAAUCAAAUAACUUUUAUCUUCCAAAAAUAUAGUCUAAUACUUCAUGUUAAGAUGGUGAUGGCAAGUUAAUAAACAAUAGUUAAAGUAUAGAUAAUAAAAUAAAUUCUGGAAGUAUAAAAACAUCUCCUUUAAUGAAAAGAAGAAAUUAAACUUCUUAACAUUUAGGUAAAAAUAAAAUAAAAACUGAAUAAGAUACAGAUUUAUAUUCAAAUGAUGGAUUUUCUAGCAGUAAACUUGUUUAAAUAUAUCCAACAACUAAAUCUGUAAUAUUUUUAUCAGAUUUUGAAAAAGAAAAAUCAGUUUUUAAUAAGAAUAAUAUUUCAGAAAAUCAUUUAAGAACACUUAUUUUAUUAUUUGAUUAAUUAAUCGUUUAUGCUGAAUAAUAAUAAGAAAUGUAAAAAAGAUUACCCAAAGCUUAAAUUUUUAAUAUUAAUAAAUUUACAGAUUUAAUAAUAAAUGAAAAAAAUAUUUACUCAUUAUUCAAAGUGUUUUUAUAUUCAAUUUUGGAAAUUCCACAUAAUCCAACUUCAUUAUCUGUUGAAUGUGGGGUUUUAUUAAAUAAUAUUUACAAAAAAUCUAAAACUAUUUAAAUCUUUUAAAAUUACUAGGAAUUAUUAAAAAACUAAUUUUAACUUAUAAUUGAUUAUUUAGUUAAAUGUAUAGUUUAGCUAAAUUCAAUUAAAUCGAAGUAAGAAUCAUCAUGUUUUGCUUUUAAGUAAUAUAUUUUAGUUUCUUUAAUGACUAAUGGUUUAUUAUUAUAUGACAGAUAAAAUUAUUUGAUUAAAGUUGAUAAAAAUUAAAAAAGUGUUUUUAGAAAUUUAACAGAUACUAUGCUUCAUAUAAUUAUUAUAUGGUUUUCGGAUAGUUAAUAGAAUACAAUAUAUUAAUAGAUUUUUACAAAAUUUAUUACAAUAUAUUUUGCAGGAGCUCCAAUGCCAUAUUUAUCAAAUAUAAUUUUUAAAUUAGGAUUAGUAAGUUCUUUAUAUAAUGCAUAUACAAAGUUUUAUUAGAAUGAAAUAAAGGACACAUCAUAUGUAGAAGGCAUAUUUUUUUAUAUUCUAUUAAUAAAUUAUAUUAUAAGAAAUGCAAUAAAAGUGAGAAAUUUGAGUGAUUUAUAAAGUGCUCUAAUAAUAUUAGAUUCUUGGUAAUAAUUAGAAUUAGCUUAACCUUUUGAAAAUCCUAAAGCUUUAAAAAAUGCAGAUUAAUUGAUAAAUGUAGAAUAGCCAAAAGCAAUAGAAAAAGUUUAACCUAGAAAGAAUGAAGAAAGGAACAGCAAAUUAAUAAAAACAAAAACAUAAUUAAAUUAAAAGGUAAAUUCAAUUAUGUCUUUUCAAAAGUAUAUUAUUGAAUAACGUUAAUUUUAGAAAAACAAGUGAACCAAGUACAAAUUAAACAGCAUAAACAGCAAGACCAGAAUAAUCAUAAAGGAAAGUUAUUUGA